AUGCGUAUGUAUCUGCCACCACGACAUUUGUUACUUAUACCACAUUCACAUGGUAAAAAUAUUCAAAUCAAUGAUUAUUCAAUUGAACCAAUACAGCCAUCAUUACGACGGAUUUUUGAUCAAACCACAGAAACAUCAACAACAACAAUGAUGAAAAUAUUUCUAAUAAUGCCAUCAUGUUAUGAUGAAAUGUUAAACAAAAUGAUUAUCGAUGAACAAUUUGAACGUCUCAAUGUAACUAAUCAACAACAACAAAUCGAAAUUGAAUUAUUACAAAGAGAAUUUCCUAAUUUUAGUGCCGAAGAUUUAGAUCAAUGUUUUUGA